UGUAAAAAUUCAAUCCACAGUUUCGCAUUAAAAAUGCAAAAUAAUCAUUUUAGCAUAAAUGCUUUCAUAAAACAGUUUUCACUGAGAAGUAAUGUAACGGAAUACAGUCAUGUCCAUACUGGUGUGAAGCCACAUUCUUGUAGCAUAUGCGAUGAGAGUUUUUCCCAUAGAAGUGACAUGACUAAACACUAUCCUGUUCAAAUGGGUGGGAAAUCUUUUUUCUGUAAUGUAUGUAGUAAGAGUUUUUCAAACAGAAGUAAUCUGACUAAUCACAGUUAUGUUCAUACAUGUGAGAAACCGUUUUCUUGUAGUGUAUGUAAUAAGAGUUUUUCACAAAAAAUUUAUCUAACUUCACACAAUCGUGUUCACACUGGUGAAAAACCUUUUUCUUGCAGUAUAUGUAAUAAGAGUUUUUCACAAAAAAGUAAUCUAACUGAACACAAUCGUGUUCACACUGGUGAGAAACCUUAUUCUUGUAGUAUAUGUAAUAAGAGUUUUUCCCGUAGAAGUAGUCUGACUGAGCAUUUUCGUAUUCAUACUGGUGUGAAGCCUCAUUCUUGUAACAUAUGCAAUAAGAGUUUUUCCCAUAGAAGUGACAUGACUAGACACAGUCGUGUUCACACUGGUGAGAAACCUUUUUCCUGUAGUAUAUGUAAUAAGAGUUUUACAAACAGAAGUAAACUGACUAAUCACAGUUAUGUUCAUACUGGUGAGAAGCCUUAUUCUUGUAGUAUAUGUGAUAAGAGUUUUUCACAUAAAAGUCAAUUAACUAGACACAGUGGUAUUCACACCAGUGAGAACUCUUUUUUUUGUAGUAUAUGUAACAAGAGUUUUUCACAAAGAAUUCAUCUGACUAUACACAAUCAUGUUCACACUGGUGAGAAACCUUUUUCCUGUAGUAUAUGUAAUAAGAUUUUUUCAAGCAGAGGUAGUCUGACUAAUCACAGUUAUGUUCAUACUGGUGAGAAACCUUUUUCUUGUAGUAUAUGUAAUAAGAGUUUUUCACAAAGAAUUAAUCUAACUACACACAAUCUUGUUCACACUGGUGGGAAACCUUUUUCCUGUAGUAUAUGUAAUAAGAGUUUUUCACAAAGAAGAACUUUGACUAAGCACAGUUAUAUUCAUACUGGUGAGAAACCUUAUUCAUGUAAUAUAUGUAAUAAGAGUUUUUCUUUUGAGAGUGGUCUGACUAAACACAGUCGUGUUCACACUGAUGAGAAGCCUUAUUCUUGUAGUAUAUGUAAUAAGAGUUUUUUAAACCGAAGUAAUCUGACUACUCACAGUUAUGUUCAUACUGGUGAGAAGCCUUAUUCUUGUAGUAUAUGUAAUAAGGGUUUUUCACAAAGAAUUAAUCUAACUAUCCACAAUCUUGUUCACACUGGUGAGAAACCUUUUUCCUGUAGUCUAUGUUAUAAGAGUUUUGCUAACAGAAGUAAUCUGACUAAUCACAGUUACGUUCAUACUGGUGAAAAGCCUUAUUCUUGUGAUAUAUGUAAUAAGAGUUUUUCAUGCAGAAGUAAUCUGACUAAACACAGUUAUGUUCAUACUGGUGAGAAACCUUUUUCUUGUAGUAUAUGCAAUAAGAGUUUUUCACAAAAAGUUUGUCUAACUUCACACAAUCUUGUUCACACUGGUGAGAAACCUUAUUCUUGUAGUGUAUGUAAUAAGAGUUUUUCACGAAAAAGUAAUCUGACUAAACACAGUCGUGCUCACACUGGUGAGAAACUUUAUUCUUGUAGUGUAUGUAAUAAGAGUUUUUCACUAAUAAGUAAUCUAACUGAACACAGUCGUGUUCACACUGGUGAGAAACCUUAUUCUUGUAGUGUAUGUAAUAAGAGUUUUUCACGAAAAAGUUAUCUGACUACACAUAGUCGUGUUCACACUGGUUAGAAAUAUUUUCUCUGCAGUAUAUGUAAUAAGAAUUUUUCGCACAGAAGUUGUCUGACUGAGCAUUUUCUUGUUCAUACCAGUAAGAAACCUGAUUCUUGUUGUUAAUUCUUAGAGUUUAUCUUCAUAAAGGGUUUAUAUUUUAUUUAGAGGGUCUCAUUGUUAAUAUUGAUGUAAAUAAAUAAAAAAUUUAAAGUUUU